UUUAUUUGUUCUAAAAUUCUCUAGUCUUUAUCUCCCCAGACAUUUAUUUAUUGGCACAGCCAAAGAAUCAGUUUCCUUUCACCCAAUUACUUCAAUUAAUUGCCAAUAAAAACUGAUUAAAAUAAUGCAAUGAAUCUGUGCCUCUGAGAUGCCCUUUCUGUUUCCUCAUUACAAAAUUCUCAGUCAAAACCUCUGCUCCUAAUCCCACCGUUAUCCUCAUUUCUUCAUUUCCUUCUCUUCUUCUUCUUCUUCUUCUUCUUCUUCUUCUUAUAAAUCCUCUGAAUCCCAAAUGGCUCAACCAUUUACUGCUAAUUAACAGCUCAACCACCAUGUUUUGCUUCUUCUUCUUCCUCUCUCUCUGAUUUUUCAUUCAGCUGCUGAAUUUGCCUUUGCCUUCUUCCCUUUUCACUACCCGGAUUCCUCCACAUAUUCAACCGAUCACCGGAAAAAAAAAAAUUCCCAAAGCCGGAAUUUAGAUCGGAGAAGACGAGAGGAGAAAGAGAAAAACCGAUGGCUCAAACGACGCCGUUUAGUUUCACUAACCAUAAAACUACCUCCAAUUUGGAGCGCUUUCUUCAUUGCGUUACUCCUUCUGUUCCUUGGCGAACUCUUCCUCGGAGCUGCCUUCAUGAUCUCAAUAGUCAGUGGCAACAACCUGAUAAAGAUACCGUUCAAUACUUCACACUUGGUGAGCUGUGGGAUUACUACGACGAAUGGAGUGCAUACGGUGCCGGUAUUCCUAUACAACUGAAUGAUUUGGAAACUGCUACGCAGUUCUACGUGCCUUAUCUGUCUGCAAUUCAGAUAUAUACAAGCAAGCCUGUUGCCCCUUCCAGAAACCGAAGAUACGAUAGUGACAUGGCAGAAUGUGAAAGCGAUUCUUGGAGUGACGAUAGCUGGAGUGAUAACAUGUCAAGAUCCCUGAGCAACAACUCUAGCAGAACAUGGGAUGCGGUUUCUGAAGAUUCGAGCUUCGACCAGGAGGGAUCGUGGCCGCUGAGGGAAAAACUUGGUUACCUCUCCUUACAAUAUAUGGAGACGUCUUCUCCUUAUUGGAGAGUGCCUUUUAUGGACAAGAUAACAGAGCUAACUCAAACCUAUCCUGCACUAACUACACUUAGGAGUGUGGAUCUUUCUCCAGCUAGUUGGAUGGCCAUUUCUUGGUACCCUAUUUAUCACAUCCCUAGUCAGAAAAACGACAAAGAUUUCGCAACAUGCUUUCUAACUUAUCAUACAUUGUCUUCAUCUUUCCAAGAUUGCUCUAUGAAUCAUGAAGGGCAAGAUGGAUGUAGUGGUUCCGAAACCGAAACCGGGGGUCAAACCUAUGCCAAAACUAGUGCUUCUACUUCUACUUGCCUCUCCCCAUUUGGUCUGGCCACUUAUAGAAUGCAGGGAGAUCUAUGGUUGAUGCCAGAGACGUCUGAUUACGAAAGAAUCGUCGAUCUCUAUCAUGCUGCCGAUUCAUGGUUGAAGCAACUUGGCGUCCAUCAUCACGACUUUAACUUCUUUUCUCUUCACUCAAGCUUGUAAAUAAUCAGCUUUUUCUUUUCCAUUUCGUAGGCUGCCUAACUGACUCUCCUUCAUGCAGGUUGUAUGUUUGUGUCCAUGGUUUUGCAACCAACAUGAGAAACUCUUUACCUCUGCCUCUGCCCACAGCAGUUCAUUUUUUUUAAAGUUAGAAAGCCCAAGGGGUUUGAUUAUGAAGCAGCCCUUUCGUAGUUUUUUUUAACUCUGGAAAAAUGAUGAACAUUGUUGUGCUUUUAAAAGCAGAGGCAUUUCCCACUGAGUUUUGGUGGAGGUUUUUUUUCUUCUUUUUUCUUUUUUGGAUUCAGGCUUCAGUUUUUGUCUCCCCACUGUUUUCUGGACUUCCCCUAGACAUGUAGGCUGGUUUUAAGACAUGCCUGAUUGGGAGUUGUUUUUGUAACCGAAUGUUAAUUUGUUAAUCUGGUGGAGUUGUUUUGUGAGUUUCUGUUGCUGUUA